AUGACGUCGCCCAUGGAGAGCCUUCCAGUUGAGCUCUUUGACAUGAUUGCUGCUCAUCUCAGUCUAUCAGAACACCAAACCCUCCGUCUGACUUCACGGCGGUUACACCAUCUCGUCCAUACAAAAUUUGUUUGGCUCGCCUUCUCUGAGCAAAGCACUACUCUCGGUCCGUCUUCAUUGGACCGCCUCAUCAAGGUGUCGAGCCAUCAAGGUUUCCGCGAGGCUGUUAAGAUUCUCCACAUCCGGCUACUGAACCAAGAAGAAUACGAAAUAUUAAACACCAUAAAGCGCGUGGGUCGCUUCCCUCCCCCGAAACGGUUCCCCAGAACAUCGGGAAUCAAAGACAAGCACAUCUUCGACGAGGCAACGACAUUUGACUACGUGAUGAAGAACGAGCAUCCAACACGGCUGUACGAUGGGCUUACCAGAGUUUUGAAAAAUUUGCCUCGGCUGAAAAGCGUCAGCUUCAGUGCGAAGACGUCCGCGCCCUCUGUAUGGGAGCUAGGUGCGGAAGCCGACCAUGUAUUUCGAAGCAGGUGCUUUGAAGCCGUCACGCAUGCUAUAACCCACAGCAGGGUCAAGUUGGACGAGUUCAGCAUGGCCAGAAGAAAACGCCGCAGGAUAUUUUACAAACAGGCGGAUGUGUCAUUCGUAGCGUUCCAUCUAGGUCCGCAACUCCAAGCGCUGCAGCUGUGCUUCUCCAACCUCCAGUCUCUCACGCUAUCCAUCAUUACCGGAUAUGGCGCACCACGCCCGGAUGGCUGGACCAACAGAAUUUGUGGCUUCAUCGCCGCCGCACCCAAGCUGAAGAACUUGACCUUGAGUUUAGAUCGCAUCGACAGGUUGUCCCAGUACAGCUGCGCCACGGUAACAUGUUUGGCCGCUUCCUGUCGACUAUCGUAUCUCGAAAAAUUUGAGCUUGUAAACUGCGCAGCGCAUGGAAAAGAUCUAAUCGAACUCAUCCGCGCCCACUCGUCAUCGCUACGACACAUUGUCGUUUCCAACAUUCGCCUGGUAACGAGCAAAUGGUGUCUUACAUUGGAUGCUGUCAAAACAUGUCCACAGCUGAAGUAUCUGCAGCUCGUCGCACUUGAAGACCGGUGGACACGCAUUACGACCGGAAGGCAAUAUCAGGAUCGCGUGCAGCUUGCAUGGGACGUUCGAAAGGACAAUCAAAACAUAUCUGACUGGCUGCUUGCGAUCAAUGACGAUAAUCACUACGAUUGA